AUGGUCGUUAUGUCCUUCAAACAUGGUCUGCGCCCGAAAAGUAAGCUGAGACAAUCACUUACCAAGCGCCCGGCCACAGCUUUGAAAAACUUGCGCGCCAGGAUUGAGCAGUACGCUCGUCUCGAAGAUGAUCAGAUCCCCAUCGAGGUAGCGUCAGCAGAACAAAUAACUCGGCAUAAGAAGAGAACAAAUCGAGGAGAACACCGAGGGAUUGCAGUAAAUGAGGUGGAUAAGUCCAAAUCCCAUGAAGCCGUUGUGACUGUAUUCAAAGAGCCAAUCAAUCGAAUUCUGGAAAAGAUCAAGAGAGAGCCAUUCUUUGUUUGGCCGCCAAAAAUGUUAGGAGAUCCAGCUCGGCGCAAUCAGAAGCUCAGAUGCACUUACCACCAAGACAGGGGGCACAUGACUCAGAACUGCAGGGCACUGAAGCAACACUUGGAAGACCUAGUGACAGCUGGACACCUAAGGGAUUACAUUGAUCAGAAUAAGGAAAUGACCGGACCAGGGAACCCACCACCAGAAGCAAACAUUGAGCAUCCACCUCGACUGAUAAUAAAUGUGAUCCACGGGAUAGCGAUUCAAGAAUCUGAAGAGGCACUGAAAGAAGAGAUUGCUAAGGCUGCACAAAUUCAGCGGGUCAUGCCCGUGGAGCCUGCAUCAAAAAAGGUGCGUACAGUACCUAAAUCCCCCUUGUGCACAGUUUCAUUUACUAGCAAAGAUUUAGAAGGCAUACAGCACCCACAUACUGAUGCAUUAAUUAUAACUGUGGGAAUUGGGAAACGAUUUGACGUAAAACGAGUCCAAGUAGAUCAGGGCAGUGCAGCAGACAUACUGUAUUACGAUUUAUUCAGAAAGCUUGGUCUCUCCGAGCAGCACCUCACCCCAGUGGCAGCCCCGUUGGUCGGUUUCAAUUCACAGCCAGAAUGGCCGCUUGGCAGAAUAGUGUUGUCAGUCGUGGCGGGGACAAAAACCCUCCAGAUAGAGUUUUAA